AUGGGCAGAAACGACCCUAUUCCAGAAGUUCAGAGGAAGAAGAAAUCCAAGAAGAGAAAGGCUGCAGAAGAAGGAACCUCUACCAAAGCAUCCAAAGAUCAGAAGAGAAAGAAGAAAAAGUAUUCAGGUAAUCCUUCUACUUUCAUCUCUGCUAUUAAUUCUGAUAAUAUUGAAACAUCUGAACCAUUUGAAUAUCAAUCUACUGAAACCCAUGACCACCAAAUUUCCAAACCUUGUCCAUCUCAAACACUUGAACCAAUCUCGCCUCAACAAACUUCUGAUCACCAAGAUCAAAACAUUACACAACUGCUAUCAGACAUAGAUAAUUUUGAACCAACAUCAGAACCAACUGAACCAUCUCGAUCACAAGAAACCAACACCAUCACUCAGCAACAAGAAACCCCAAUUCCAGCUUCCCAUCUUCCAAAUUCAACCACCUCAGAAAUCAUAGCUGAAACAGACCUUCAAAAUCCCACACAGAGGGAAUCCUCACCCGUACCAUCUGAUGAAACUCAAACAAUAAUUAAACCAGAAAAUCAACCUGAAAAUCCUGUCCUUGUUUCCACACCAACAAAUCAAAAUACAUCAGAACUCUCACCCCCAAUAGAAAAACAAAUUUAA